UGAUGGUCCGAGCUAGCUAGCUGUGUCGAAGGACAGGCUCUUUCUUCUUCCGUAUGAGAAGUUUGUUUCCAUGACUCUAGGCUUCUCUGUUUCAAAACUGCUAAUCGACUGCAAGCCUUUCCGCUGACAGACCAGCAGGCUACGAUCGGCAACCAUGAGUUGUCCUGCCACGACCAGCAAAGCCCGCAGCCACACGCCCACCACCAACCAGGACCUGGCGGGGCUGUUUGAGUGCCCGGUCUGCUUCGACUAUGUCCUGCCGCCCAUCCUGCAGUGUCAGAGCGGCCAUCUUGUCUGCUCCAGCUGCAGGCCAAAACUGAAUUGUUGCCCGACAUGCCGAGGACCUCUUGGCAGCAUACGUAACCUAGCCAUGGAGAAAGUGGCACAGACAGUCAUGUUCCCCUGCAAGUAUUCGUCCUCGGGCUGCAUGGCCACCAUGUCAUACACGGAGAAGCCCGACCACGAGGAGACAUGCGAGUUCCGGCCUUACUCCUGCCCGUGCCCAGGUGCCUCGUGCAAGUGGCAAGGGUCGUUGGAGCGGGUCAUGCCCCACCUCAACCACGCUCACAAGAGCAUCACUACACUACAAGGUGAAGACAUAGUAUUCCUUGCCACCGACAUCAACCUUCCCGGGGCCGUAGACUGGGUCAUGAUGCAGAGCUGCUUCGGCAAUCACUUCAUGCUGGUCCUGGAGAAGCAGGAGAAGUUUGACGGCCUGCAGCAGUUCUUUGCCAUUGUCCAGCUCAUCGGCACCCGCAAGCAAGCUGAGAACUUUGCCUACAGACUUGAACUGAACGGCCACAGGAGGCGACUGUCUUGGGAAGCCACGCCCCGCUCCAUCCACGAGGGUGUGGCAGCAGCCAUCAUGAACAGCGACUGUCUUGUCUUUGACUCGAGCAUCGCUCAACUCUUUGCCGAGAAUGGAAACCUUGGCAUCAACGUGACCAUUUCAAUGUGCUGAGCAGUGCUGCCUCCCAUAAAAACUUCAAAAACAAUUGAAAACAGCAUUGCAAAUGAGUACGUUCAAGUGACAACUGGAAAGCCAUAGCCAAGUGCCAUUGAACCAGUUUUACUCGUUAAAUGAACAUGUUGUAUCACGACGUCGUGAAGCUUGCAUUCGUCGUGGUCCUCACACUUCAAAUCUGCAAGCUCUUCCUGAAGGAUCAGGUUUGAGAUGAUGGGAUCCAUAGAGUUGACUGAUUGGAGUGUUCAGUGGAGGAAAAUAUGUGUAUUCCAGAGGAACUUCCAUCAAACUGACCUAAAGCCUUGCAGAAAAAAAACUGCUGUACAUAAAAGCGUCCAUAAGCGUUUUGUUACCAGUGCUUUGAUGCAUUGUGUGGUGCCAGAUCUUAUACCGCUUGCACAUUGAGCAUAGAGGAACGGCACUUGUUGUUGACUGUUAACCAGUGCAGAGCUUCAAGAGUGAUAUGUUUACUUGAGAGAGAACCCACAACAUAUGAAUGAGAUGGGCAUAUGAAAACAAAGCAUUGGACAUGCUGGAACACAGUUGAAAGGAUUGGAAGGAGUACACUGUACGUUAAGGCAUUGAAUAAAUGGAGGAUUUAAGCACAAGGAUGUGCAUGGAAGAAGCUAACGAAAGGAGUCAAGACAGCAAGUGUCUGGGAACUGACAAAGCUUUGAUUGCAUCCCUCGGAGCACCGACUGCGAACCACAUAAGGAGCAGUUACGAUAUUUGUGGUUCACCUAUACAGGAAGUUUCACCUUUGCAUGCGCAUACACGUAUCUUGUGAACAGUGCUGUCAUCAAGAAGAAAUUCCUUGGAGCUGGUUAGCAGAAGCUAUUGCCAAGGAAGAAAAGUUGUUUUAAUAGCAAAAUUAUUUGCUCAGCAGAAAUCAGCCUGGCAGUCAAUUUCACGAAACUUGGUGGAACUUCUUGCCCUGCGUAAGCGUUGCACAGUACACACACAUUCACUCUCGUGAAUAGUUGCCGAGCUGCGCAAUGCUGUAAUUAAUUUUGUUGGGCAGGGAUGAUCAUGGCAUUUAUGACAGCUGUUCCCCUUCAUUAUUACAACAGUUCUUAACUUAGCUCCACCCCUCAUUUUGAAAAUGUUUCCGUCUUGUUGGAAUGGGGUAGAAAAUCUCAAAGUCCUUUCACAGCCAAACUAGUUACCUCCAAACAACAAAGUUGUACAUGUACAUGUAUGUUUAUUGUACAAGCCUUGCUACGUUAACAAUGAUGCGCCAUAAGUGAACAUGAUUCGUUCGUUAAAUCA